AUAGAUAGAUAAUAAUUCUGUCACAAAUGCAUCAAACCAGUCCCAAGCAAGUUGCUGGUCCUGGCUCUGCUGAUGGGGUUGUUGUGUCUCGUAAGGCCUUCUCCUCGACAAGUUCAUCGCGUCGCAGUAGCAGCGAAUACAAUAGUGGAAAUGAGGAGAUACCACACUUUGAAGCAGCAAUGACAGCGGGGGGAGCAUACAGUGAAGACGACACAACGCCGACACCCACAUCUACAGGAACAACAAUGACUGCAUCGAGAAGAGAGAGAACGCCCAUUGCUGGUGUCAGUGCAACACCCGUUACGGAUUUCUAUAGCAAUGCGACGGUGCUCAUUACAGGCGGCACUGGAUUCGUGGGCAAAGUGUUAACAGAGAAAUUGUUACGGUCCUUUGGGUUGCGUAAAAUCUACAUGUUGAUACGCAGCAAGGACAACAUGAGUGUGCAGGAGCGUUUACAGGGGUUUUUCAAUGAAUCGAUAUUCAAUACAAUGCGCGAGGAGUGGCCAGAGUUGUUGAAGAAGGUGCAUCCGAUACGCGCUGAUUAUAGUGCCAUCGACCUGGACAUUGAUGCCACCGACCGAGCAAUGCUCUCGGCUGAGGUCCAGAUUGUCUUCAAUGUUGUGGCAUCGGUGAAAUUCAAUGAAAAACUAAGUGAUGCCAUUGACAUUAAUGUUCUGGGCACCAAAAAGAUCUUAGAUUUGGUCAUGGAAAUGAAACAAUUGAAGUCCUUCGUCCACAUAUCGACACUGUAUUGCAAUUGCAAUCGCAAAUUCAUCAAAGAGCAAGUGUAUGAGAAUGAAAUUGGUUACGAAAAAAUCAUGCAGAUCUAUCGUACAUUCGAUGAUGAAACUUUGGAAAAGCUGAGACCAUGUCUAAUUGGCCAAAUGCCAAAUACAUAUACCAUGACCAAAAAGUGUGCUGAGAAUUUGGUGAAUCAUCGUGCAUUCCAUUUACCCGCAGGAAUAUUUCGACCACCCAUAGUAAUGUCAACGUACAAGGAUCCAUUUCCCGGCUGGACUGAUAAUUUGUACGGGCCAUCAGGUUUAUGCACUUGGUCGGCCCGGGGACUCGUACGUUGCAUUUACGGCACGGCCAGCUGCAAAGCGAAUAUGGUGCCAGCCGAUUAUGUGGUGAAUGCAAUGAUAGCAACCGCCUGGGACAUAGCCAGAAGAUUUAAUCUACAUCAAACGCAGAGCGAUACAAAGUCCGAAUUGCCUGUUUACAACUAUGUAUCCGAUAAAAACAAUAUAACCUGGGGUCAAUAUAUGAAACUGUCGCGACAAGGCUUCCAUGAGCCAUUUGACAAGGCGCUUUGGUGCUUCUCGUACGUUAUAAUACCAUCGAAGCCUCUGCAUUGUGCAAUUGCAUUUUUCUUGCACAAUAUCCCAGCUUAUAUUUUAGAUUUAAUUGCCAUGGUCACCGGACAAAAGCGCAUAUAUGUAAAGGCUUAUAGUAAAAUCUCUCGCAUAAUCAAUAUGAUGUCCUGGUUUGGAUUGAAGGAAUGGCAAUUUGCCCAUCGCAACAUUGAUGAAUUGAACGAGCUGUUACCUAGCGCAGAGCGAGCUAAAUUGCAAUUUAACAUAGCAACGAUUAAUUGGAAAGAAUAUUUUCACUCAUAUCUCAGUGGAAUCAGGCGUUAUUUCUUUAAGGAUAAUGCUAACGAUAAUAAAUUACAGCAGCGCAAAACUAUUUAUCGCAGGAUGCUCUUCCUGCACUCGCUGCUGAAGACGACAUUUGGUCUUUCAUUAAUUAUGUGCAUACUCAAAGUUUAUCUGAGGAUUUUCAAAAUUAUGCCAAAGAUUGCCUUAUAAGCCGAAGU